UCCUGUUCUGCUGUGUGGCCAUAAAUAUAGCCACCGCCGGUACAGACUUGCCUGCCCGGGCGCCCGGACCUUCCUAUUUUCCUCGCCCAUUCUUCUCCGCCGUCACUUGGCAUCAGCUUCUUCUCUGCCUGACUGCCUCCUCCUCUUCCUGCCGCCUGGGAUACAUACGUUCCAUCACACUCUGAGGAGAUAGAUGGUGACGAUGGGGCAGCUGGGGCGGCUCGUCGACGGGAUCAAGUCGCGGCUGCGGCCCGGCGGCGGGAAGAGGGGCGUCGGCGCGGGGAGGAAGGCGUCGGCGCCGGCGGCCGUGGCCGCCGCUGCGGGGUACGACAAGGUGGAGAAGACGGAUAGCAUGCGGGUGGAGAUCCAGAGCCGGCAGGCGCGGAAGCUCAUCGCCAAGAACCUCGCCGCCGCCGACAACAUCGCCCGCGCCAGGAGCAAAAAGCGCUUCUUCCUCGCCUUCUGAGCUCUGACCACACCGAUCACGCCAUGAUCAACAACCUAGCCGAUAGUACAAGCACGAAUUACCAAGUGAUUGUUGUGAUCGAUCGAUCAUCCAUGUAAUCAAAACGUACUCGAAUUUCCAUUUCCGAUCUUUGCAAACUU